GUCCGCAAGGAGCAGCUCCACUACCGCUACGAGGUGCAGAAGCUGAUCGGCGAGGGAGGCCAGGGCCUGGUGCUGCAGUGCCUCGACCACAAAACCAAAACGCUCGUGGCCGUCAAGAUGCUGUCGCUGCCCUUGUGCACCUCGACAGCGUCCCGCCAGAGGACGGAGCUGGAGGUGACCAAGGAGCUGCAGGGCAAGGCCAGCGAUGAGCGCUACGGAGUCAUCCGGCUCCUGGACACGUUCCAAUUCCGCGGACACAAUUGCCUCGUCGUCGAGCUCUUGAAGAAGAGCCUCUACGACGUGAUGAGCAAAGGGAGCAUCAAGCGAAUCUGCGUGAGGCGCUUGAGGGAGUACACCAGGACCAUCCUCGACUUCCUGCUGUACGCCAAGCGACGGGGCAUCGUCCACGGGGACAUCAAGCCGGACAACAUUCUACUCACGGCGGCCGGCAAAGUGAGGGUCACCGACUUCGGGUGCAGCUGCUACCUGAAGUCUCACUCCCAAAACGUGGGUGGGACGUUGCCCUACAUGUCCCCGGAGCUGCCGCUGGGCUACCAGGUCACGUGUGCCGUGGACAUGUGGGCGCUGGGCUGCACCGUGGCCGAGAUGGCCACCGGCAAGGUUCUCUUUGACUCGCGCACCUACGAAGAGCACCUGCACUGCUGCAUCGAGAUCCUGGGCAUGCCCCCGACAAAGAUGGUGGACGAAGCCCCUAACAGGACACUUUACUUUGACCCUGAGGGUCUCCCCUACAACGUGUCCCAGCAGCGUCCACCUGGCAGCCUGUCCCUGCACCGCGCACUGCAGGGACACCACCCUCAGCUGGUGGACUUUGUCAGCCGCUGCCUCCAAAUCGGCGUCACGUACUUCGAGUAUUUGACUGCCGCUAUGAAUGUCCACGCGAUGCAGAUGAUGAUGAUGAUGUCAUCAGCCAACUUGAUUCGGCUAUCAGCUGAGAUGGCCAAGUCGCUUCUGAUCUCUGUGGGUCUCUGUGAGUCUAUAGCGGAGCCGGAGAAGAAGCUCCCAUCAUCGUCAUCAUCGUCAUCAUCAUCGUCAUCGUCGUCACCGCUCACCCAGACCUUUGGAGAGAGGACGGAGGUGGUGGAGGUGGUGGAGACGCAGGAGGAGGAUGACGACAACGACGAGGAGGAGAAGGAGGAAAGGGAGCGAGGGGUCAUGGCGCGUGUGGGCAGGGCGCUACGCUCAGUCCGCUCGCUCCUCAGACGCCUGAUGCUCUGUGGUGGGCGGCCCACGGCAGAGUAG